AUGUUGACUGUCUCAAUGUUCCUUGCACUUCAUCUACUUCUACGUCAUCCGAAUCGGAAGGCAUUUGUGCUGAUUAUCUCAGUAAGCAAUUCUAUGACAUCUUCUGCUUACGAGGAUGAACAAGUACCUCGUCGACUCAACGGCUCUCUGUAUAGGAAUGUGAUCAAUAUGGAUCGUUCGGUAGACUUCUCGGAUUACCCUGCCUACAGGUGAGC